CGAGUGUCCUCGUGAAGAUGCUGAAUGAAUUUGGAAUUAGCACAGCCUCGUCUCUACAGCCUAAUCGAUCUAAGUAUUUCCUACAGUAUGUCUUGAUAGUGGUGGAUCUCUCUUGCCCGAAGACUCAGGAAUUUCUUGUUGAAGCUAAUGCGCAAGGCUAUUUCAACUCUCCGUACCGGUGGCUGAUCAUUGACUCGAAAGCUUCGAAAAUUCUAGAAAAGCUGGACCUUUUAGUCGAUAGCGACGUGGUUAUUGCUUCUGAAGUUGGAUACGGGUUUUUAUUUAUGGAAGCUUACAAAAUAGCUACUAAUUCCAAUAUUAUUUACAACAAAAGAUGUUUUUGGACAGAACACAAUCACGGUGAAUAUUUUACGAACGGUAAUGUUUAUACAAGCAACAGCACAGCAAUAACAAAUAACAAAGAAUUGGACUCCAAGACCAAUAAAAGUAAAAUUUCUAUGAAAAUUGAUAAAUAUGGAGUAACAGAAGAUUAUAGAAAAAGUAAGGUUUUAUCAACGAGAAGAAGUGAUUUGAAACGAAAGCCAUUAACCAUGGUGAAUGUGAUUACCGAUAGUAACGAAACGAGAAAACAUCUGGACGAUAGACUAAACCUCCACCAAGAUUCAAUAUCGAAGAUGUCAUACGCGGUGGUUAAGAUCUGCUUCGAGAUGCUCAAUGCGACUGAGAAGCUAAUGUUUACCCACACGUGGGGACAGAGACAAAACGGCAACUGGCAGGGCGUCGUCGACUACUUGAUUAAGAAAGAGGCUGAUCUUGGAACCCUGACAAUCUUCACACAAGAGCGCAUGGAUGUGGUAGACUACAUAGCCAUGGUAGGUUCAACAGCAGUCAGGUUCGUCUUCAGGGAGCCUCCUCUAGCAUACAUCUCGAAUAUCUUCACGCUACCAUUCACCGGAACUGUCUGGAUGGCAAUCCUGAUCUGUGUGCUGGGAUGUUCCGUGUUCCUUUAUAUUACUUCCAAAUGGGAGGCUACUAUGGGAAUGCAUCCUCUUCAGCUAGACGGUACUUGGGCGGACGUGCUGAUUCUUAUCAUUGGUGCUGUACUGCAGCAGGGGUGCAACCUGGAGCCCAGAUAUGCAGCAGGUAGAUGCGUGACCCUGUUUCUGUUCGUGGCCCUGACGAUCUUGUACGCGGCAUACUCUGCCAACAUUGUGGUGUUAUUGCGAGCGCCGAGCUCUUCCGUCCGAACUCUACCUGAUCUCCUCAACUCGCCCAUAAAACUGGGAGCCAGUGACUUUGAAUACAACAGAUAUUUUUUCAAGAAAUUAAACGAACCAAUACGGAAAGCCAUAUACGACAAAAAGAUAGCGCCAAAGGGAAAGAAACCAAAUUUCUAUACUAUGGAGGAAGGCGUGGAGAGAAUUCGACAGGGAUUGUUUGCCUUCCAUAUGGAGCUGAACCCUGGCUACAGGCUUAUCCAGGAAACGUACCGGGAAGACGAAAAAUGCGACCUGGUGGAGAUAGACUACAUCAACGAAAUUGAUCCCUGGGUGCCGGGGCAGAAACGAUCGCCUUUCAAUAACUUGUUUAAAAUUAAUUUUCUCAAGAUCCGCGAGUCAGGCAUCCAGGCGAACAUUCAUCAUCGGCUCCACGUGCCCAAGCCGCGGUGUUCAGGCACCGUGUCCACCUUCAGCAGUGUUGGCAUCACCGACAUGUAUCCCGCCAUGUUGGCAACAUUGUAUGGAAUGAUGCUGGCCCCCGCUGUACUGCUAUUGGAAAUUACUUAUAAAAAAUUAAUGAUCGUGAGGCAGAAAAAGAAAAUAUCAACGGAAAAUCUCUACAUCACUCCAUUUGUAAAUUAAUUUUCCGUUUGUGCAGUCAGCUAGAUAAGUAGCUGGAGAAAUUCAAAAAUUCAUAUCACCAAUAUUUCCAACCCCUCCCUAUCUUUCCAUUUGAUUAAUUAAGUUGCGGGAUAAAGACAAAUUAAUGUUCAGUUCAGUUCAGUGACAUAAUUGUUACAUAGGCGAUUUGAAAUGUUUAAUUUGUUCAGCUACUUAUGUGGAUGACUGCACAUAAAAGUUAGAGUAGUGAUUGUCAUUUAUAUAAAACCACUUCAAUAGCAUACUUAAAUUUAACAUUAAAACCAGAUACUUAAUAAAAU